AUGCAACAGGUUGAGGAGCUCAGGCGAAGAACGGAUGAGGGGAAGGAUCGCAUCAGACAGGCGAAAAUCGCAAUGGAGCGCACGUGGUGGGAUCAUUUGGUUGAGCAUGUGAGCUCGUCGGCGCCGGCAUCGGGCCACAUGGCAGUGUCAACAGCUCCAUUCUUUCAGGAUGUGCCCGACCGUGCAUUGUCAGGCAUACUCCCAUCGGAAGCUGUGGACUCCAAGACUUUGUGGAAAGCUCUUGAAGAAGGCAUGCCAAACCUCAACCGGCGAAGGAGGAAGGCGCUUCAUCGCGCAUCCAAUUGGGUUGUUCAUUUGUUUGCGGGCCCUGGCUCGCACAAGGCUUUCAAACGAUUGGAGUCGCAGGAUACAGUUGUUGUUGAGCUUGACAUUUGCCGCUCAAGGAGCCAAGAUCUUUACCAUGAUCCGCUUUGGACGCUUCUUGCUAAGGUUGCAAAGUUGGGACGAGUUGCGGCGGUCAUUGGAGGUCCACCAACCCGCACGUGGUCCAUGACAGGGCACCGCGCCGAUGGACCACAUCCACUCCGCUCGCCCACUGAACCGUUUGGCCUGAGCACUCUCACCUCUGACGAGCGUGAUCUCGUUGAUCGUGAUACGGGUUUGUAUGCUCGCAUGUUGUGGUUGCAUGCACUCUCCACCGCCGGGAGGCGUGUGCACCCAAACCCAUCGAAUGGAACAUCCAUGGUGGCAUUCAUGUUGGAGCAACCGUCGGUUGAACACCACAUGGCUUCAAGCCAUUCUGCUGUGGGUAGCGCUCCGUCGUUUUGGAACACCGCGCUGUGGCAAGCUUACGCUGAAGAGGCUGGUUUGUUUGAGGUGCAUUUCCGUCAAGGUCCGUUGGGGCACGCUGGCGAUAAACCCACAACUGUUGGCACAAACUUGCCCGACCUUAGAGACUUGCAAGCGUUGCAGGGGGAGGUGCCGCAGGUUUGUUCUAGCGCCGACAACCGUGUGUCUCCAGUGUGGGCGCCGGGGUUUGUGCAAGCCAUCGUGUACGCACUCCAACGGUGGCCAUGUUACCGCCUCAUGAAAUUCACCCAAGCGGAUUGGGAACAGCAUGUUGCGAACAAUCACGUGCCUUACCGCCGUGAUUGUGCAGUUUGCGUGCACGGUGCCGGAAACGGCCGCCGCCACCACGGUGUAGUUCACCCGGAUGUGUAUUGCAUGUCAGCCGACAUUGCGGGGCCCAUCCGUGUGAAGGGCAAAGACCCAGAAAGCCGCAACCACCGACCAGCCACGUUCAAGUACUUCCUCGCUGUGUCGUACCGCUUCCCACGGCUCAGAGGAGUGAAGGAGGAGUCAGACCCCAGCCAAACCGAGGGGUUUGAUGAUGCAGCACUCCUCCCGGGAGGGACGGAUGACCUUGCAGAUGAGGCCUUUCCCGCAGCAGAAGGCCCCCCGUGCGAGGAUUACGAGGACUCCCUGUACGAGCCAAGUUUAGCGGAAGAAGAGGAGGAGGCGGAAGGUGAAGGAGUUGAAUGUCCUAGGGAGUUUGCAGCCAAAGUUGCCGAGGAGCAUCCCUGGGAGUCAGCCAGGUGUGAACUCGAAACACCGCCUGACAUGGCGAGGCUGGUGUUUGCAGUGCCACUUCACACAAACAAGGGAGACUCGCUUGAGGAGGAGCACACACCACCUCCACGCAGGGUUCGCGGCAAGCGGUCUGCUGGUGUGAGACUUGACGACGUCUUUGCACUUGACCCGCCGCCCCCCUUGCCGCCGCCAGCAGAAGCUCCACACCCGGAAGGGCCUGUGUCACCGGUUGAGGAGGAGUCUGCCCGUGUAGCGCGCUUGAGUCUGCAAGACCUUGAAGGUUUAGCUACGGAGCUUAUCGAGGACGACUGGGACCUUGAUGAAGCGUUGUGGGUGUUAGCCGAAGUGUGCAGAGCAGCGCCCCAGCUGCAACACAAAGCUGGGUUGUACCGUCACGGAGGUGUCGUAGGAGUUUUAGGGGGUACCACAGAUAAGCCUUGGCUGACAGAGCUUAUGAAUAUGGUGCUUUCGGCAGUUGCACCCACAGCAGAGUACACCUCGCUUUGGUUGUCUAACUCCACUGUUCAACCCGUGCACGCCGACCACCACAACCUGCAGGGAUCCACAAAUGUAGUCCUCCCUUUGAAGCUCCCGCCUAACGGAGGGGAUUUGUGGAUAGAACUCAAGCCUGGUGACCUAGUCAGUGGCCCUGUAGAGGAGCGGGUAGACGGCAAAGGCAGGCGCUGGUUAGGGACAACUCACAAGUUAGAGCGCGGUAAGCCCUUCUUCCUAGACCCUACUCGCCGCCACGCCACCACUCCCUGGAAGGGUGAGAGAGCAGUGCUUGUCGGCUACACAGUCAACACGUUAGGCAAAGAGCUUGAGCACGAGUUUCAAAGCCUUGAAGCUUUAGGUUUUCCACUCCCAGCCUCGGUACGUUUACCGCUGACUGAGCAGCAAGACGUGAGACGUCUCGACGCGUUUGACUGCUUCGAAGAAGAGCCCCUUCAGGAGACAAAGGCACGUCACCCUGACGGGAAGGCUUCUGAGUUAGCGCCUGGGACUGUGCUUAAAGGCGGAGGUUGGAAAGAAACCCAAGCCGUAGAAGCAGGUACUGUAGAGCUGGAGGUGUCGUGGAACCUGAAACACUCGCCGGACCAAAGGCGAACCCAGUCUGAGCACGCCCUGCUGGCUUGCCAACCAGACACCGAGACACAGGUUGAGGAGGAGGAGAGCUUAAGCGAAGACUCCUUGCCGGAGCAACCAGUGCUGUGGGAGUUGUGGGUUCCAGACCCGCAGACAGGUGAGCAGCUGUGUGUUCUCAGGUCUGACGACUCGGACGCGAGUGAAGCUUGCGCCCUUUGCAAGUCUGAGCCGGUUUACACUACCAACGUGGAGCUGUUGCUUGACGGGUUGCAGGAACCACUGCAGGUAGUCCACACUGUAGACCCUCGGGAUGCAGAGCAAUGCAUCGAGAAGUGGAUGCCGUCCAUUCACAAAGAGAUCGGUGUCAUUGAGAAGGCUGUGCGGCGACUGCCCCCUGCAGAGGGUGACGCUGCCCUCGCUACCCGGAAGGGUCAAGCUUACCACAAACGCAAGGCUCGCUUGGUCGCUUGUGGCAACCACGCCUACAGUGAAACUCAAGCUGUGGGCACUGGGACCGUGGCGCAGCAAGACCUGCAGCUGAGUGCCUUCGCUGUCCUGCUCGCCUUCUUUCAGGUCGUAGGUGCUGCCAGCCAGACAACGGACGAGGAAGAAGACUUGUCUCUCCCCGUGUCGCUUGAUGCAGAUUUGAUGUUGGCAGUAUCCAUCAUCUGCAUUGGUAUCUGCUUCAUUGCAGUGUGGGAGUUCUUCAAGUGGUGCCUUCAAGGCGUCAUCUCCCGCCGAGAGGCAGGGACACCCGUGUUGUCUCUGAGCCCCCGCAAGGCGCGCAAGUUACAGCGCCUUCGAGAUCAAACUGCGCAGGCCAUCCAGGCCGAGAUCUCUGCACGUGAGGAGGCAGCAAGCUCGCAGUCUGUUGCUGCAGCGCCCAGACGCCGUCCCUCACAAACAACUCGCACGCGUGAGCAGGCAGGUGGAGCACCAACGCGUUACUUUGCAACCCCCGAAGGGACCAAGCUCCACCGCACUAAGACCUGUUCCACGCUCGCCCACUCGCACAGGUUUGUUGAGUUUCAAGUGUGCCAGCAGUGCCACGGCAGCGCUGCAGACCACACCCAGCACAGCACAGGGUAG